GAAGACGAAGGUUGCGUGGGGGUUAGGGAUCGGAAAUCUCGCGGGAAGUAGCUAUAGAGACCGAACGGCUUUCCCUCACGGUUGGCAACAGAGCGGAGGAGCAAAGCGGUCUGAGCGCUUUCCGCCGACUUUCGGGAGGGCUGCUGAGACGAAGCGAUUGGGAGAUGUGAAUACCUAACUUAGGACAGUAUAAGGAACCCUUUCUUGGGAGAUUCCUGCUUGUCUCUUACACCUCCGAGCUUCUCACAGCUGUAAACUGCAACCAAGAAGACAUCUUUCUACCAAUGAAUCAACUGGAUUAUCAACAUCAGAAAACUUAAUAAAAUGAGAUUAAAGACAUCUCUGUUAAAGGAACCAAAACAUAAGGAAUUGGUUAGUUGUGUAGGCUGGACAACAGCAGAUGAGCUCUAUUCAUGCAGUGAUGAUCACCACAUUAUGAAAUGGAAUUUGUUAAAUGGUGAGACAACACAAGUAGUGAAGCUUCCUGAUGAUAUCUACCCCAUAGAUCUUCACUGGUUUCCCAAAAGUUUAAGUGGAAAAAGACAAACCCAAGUGGAGAACUUUGUACUCACAAGUUCUGAUGGCAAGUUCCAUUUGAUUUCCAAGACUGGAAGAGUUGAAAAAAGUGUAGAAGCCCACUGUGGAGCUGUGCUUGCAGGAAGAUGGAAUUAUGAAGGAACAGCACUUGUUACAGUUGGUGAGGAUGGACAAAUAAAAAUAUGGUCAAAGAGUGGAAUGCUGAGAUCCACCUUAGUACAGCAAGGAACACCAAUAUAUUCAGUAGCAUGGGGUCCAGAUUCUGAAAAGAUCCUUUAUACAUCAGGAAAGCAGCUGAUUAUCAAACCACUUCAACCAAAUGCUAAAGUUCUGCAGUGGAAAGCCCAUGAUGGAAUUAUUUUAAAAGUUGAUUGGAACUCUGUCAAUGAUCUUAUCCUGUCAGCUAGUGAAGACUGCAAAUAUAAGGUUUGGGAUAGUUACGGUCGUCUGUUGUAUAGCUCACAGUCUCAUGAGUACCCUAUCACUUCUGUUGCUUGGGCUCUGGAUGGAGAACUAUUUGCUGUGGGGUCUUUUCAUACUUUGCGACUUUGUGAUAAAUCAGGGUGGUCCUAUGCUUUAGAAAAGCCAAACACUGGAAGCAUAUUUAAUAUUGCUUGGUCUACUGAUGGCACACAAAUAGCUGGGGCUUGUGGAAAUGGACAUGUGAUAUUUGCUCACGUUAUAGAACAGCACUGGGUAUGGAAGAACUUUAGAAUAACACUAACUAAAAGAAGAACCAUGGAGGUUCGGAAUGUACUUAACGAUGCAGUGGAUUUACUGGAAUUUCGUGACAGAGUUAUUAAGGCUUCUUUGAACUAUGGGCAUUUAGUAGUUUCAACAUCUCUUCAGUGUUACAUAUUCUCAAUUAAAAACUGGAAUACACCAUUAAUCUUUGACCUUAAAGAAGGAACUGUCAGUUUAAUUUUACAGGCAGAAAGGCAUUUUCUUCUUGUCGAUGGUGGAGGAAUCUAUUUGUAUUCCUAUGAAGGACGUUUCAUUUCCUCUCCAAAGUUUCCAGGAAUGAGAACAGAUAUGUUAAAUGCCCAGACAGUAUCUUUGAGUAAUGAUACUUUAGCAAUAAGAGACAAAUCUGAUGAAAAGGUUAUUUAUCUCUUUGAACCCUUAUGUGCCAAGCCACUAGGAGAUGGAAGGCCACUUAGUCAUAAGACAGAAAUAUUGGAAAUUGCUCUAGACCAGAAGGGUCUUACAAAUGAAAGGAAAAUUGCUUUUAUUGACAAAAACAGAGAUCUUUUUAUAACUUCUGUGAAACGCUUUGGGAAAGAACAGAAAGUUAUCAAAAUAGGAACAAUGGUGCAUACUCUGGCAUGGAAUGACACGUGCAACAUCCUCUGUGGCAUACAGGAUACACGUUUCACAGUCUGGUACUAUCCCAGUGCAGUAUAUGUAGACAAGGAUCUCUUGCCAAAUACAGUCUAUGAAAAGGAUGCAAGUGAAUUCAGUAAAAAUCCACAGAUUGUGAGUUUUGUUGGAAAUCAAGUAACUAUCAGGAGAGCUGAUGGCUCACUUAUUCACAUCAGUAUUUCACCUUAUCCAGCUAUGCUUCAUGAAUAUGUGAACAAUUCAAAAUGGGAAGAUGCCAUUAGACUAUGUCGUUUUGUUAAGGAUCAAACAUUAUGGGCAUGUUUAGCUGCUAUGGCAGUGGCCAAUAAGGAUAUGAAUACAGCAGAAGUAGCCUAUGCAUCAAUUGGUGAAAUUGAUAAAGUUCACUAUAUCAGUUACAUCAAAGAUCUUCCAUCAAAAGAAUCAAGACUGGCUCAUAUCUUGCUUUUCAGUGGAAAUGUCCCGGAAGCUGAAACACUGCUGCUUCAAGCUGGCCUUAUUUACCAAGCUAUUCAAGUCAAUAUUAAUCUUUAUAACUGGGAAAGGGCACUAGAACUUGCUGUGAAACACAAGACACACGUUGACACGGUUCUGGCUUACCGACAGAAGUUCUUGGAUGACUUUGGUAAAAAAGAAACGAAUCAGCGAUUUUUGCAAUAUGCAGAAGGGCUUGAAGUCAACUGGGAUAAAAUCAAAGCCAAAAUAGAACUGGAAAUUGCAAAAGAGAGAGAACGAGCUGCAGCUCCUCCAGCAGUCAGAGCAAGCUUAACCAUACAACAUUAAAUGCCAUGCUGAUUAUAUUAGGUAGUGGUUUUAUCACUCUUUGCUGUUUCCACAUACUGGUAAGCCAUAGCAAGAGUGCCUGUGUAUUGUGGGGUGGACAGUAAUGAUUGCCUUUCAACUCCUGAACCUGGUAUUGUUCUUUUUUAGUUGUUAAUGGAAAGGAAUUUCUAUGUAUGUAAUCCUGUUAUGAAUGACAACCUUAUUCUGCUUUAUUCUUCAUAUGAGAAGUUUGAAGUGGACAUGGCAACUGUUUUCAAGUUCAGCUCCUCAGUAGAAGAUUAUCUGUCUUGGUAGCACAGUUGAGGCACAUGGAAUGUAUCACAUAAAUAAGUGGUCAGCUGUUCAGAUUACAAACAGCCAAGUAUGCAGUUUCUUUUAAACGCAGACCACUUGUUGUCUCAAAGCUAAGGACAUAGUUUAUGUUGGAUAUUAUGUCUAGUAAAAGGAAGCUUUUAAUAUAUAAUAAUAUGAGUCUGAAAUUUAGCACAGACUCAGACCUGAGGUACAAUUAUACAUGUGUACAGAUUACUGUACAGCAUAAUGAAUAUUGCUAAAGAAUUUUACAAAACUUCUUUUGUAAAUCAUUUUUUGAUGCAGGAUUAGUUCUAACACAAGAAACAUAAUGAGCCUGGCCAGUUUUUCUAAAACAAAAGUUGUUGAUGACGUGCAAAGUAAGUGAGGUAAUGGGUAGUCCUUGAUUACACUAACUUCUGUGGACAUAGAAAUAUGCAAGCUUAAACGCUGUACCACAAUUGCUUACAUAUUCACAUACAAAAAGAAGCUGACAUCAGACUGACCGACUUUUUUUGAAUUCAGUGCAGAAUCUGGAGUGCAUAAUUAAACACAAUAUAUAAAAUUAUAUAACUAUAUAUUUUUAAAUAACAGUUGAAUUUCCUUAAACUAUUUAAUGGUUGAUAAUAAAGCCUUUCUAAUAAAGGUGAUCAUAGUAGUAAAAUAGUGAUCAUAGUAGUAAAAUAGUUUUUUACAGUAAGUAUAUUUUAAUAUAAGCUACUACUUGGAAGCAUAAAUAAUUUUGUGACUAGUAUAUACAUUAAUAUAAAUGUAUGCCUUCAUUAAUAAAUAUUUCAAAUAUUUCA